CGGAGACAAUGGCGCCACCGCGGCGCGCGUGCCCGUGCGCGCGCGCCUGCUUUGUCCUGCUGCUCGCGCUGCUCCCCUGCUGCCGCGUGCGCCGAGCGGGCGCGCAGUCGCAGCCGGCGGACGACAAGCAUCUGCUGCUCCGGAUCAAGAGCGCGUGGGGCGACCCGCCCGCGCUGGCGGUAUGGAACGCCUCGUCCCCGGGCGCGCCGUGCGCCUGGACGUUCGUCGGGUGCGACACGGCCGGGCGCGUCACGAACCUCACCCUCGGCAGCGCCGGCGUCGCGGGCCCCUUCCCGGACGCCGUCGGCGGCCUCUCGGCGCUCACCCACCUCGACGUCUCCAACAACAGCAUCUCCGGCGCGUUCCCGACCGCGCUCUACCGCUGCGCUUCGCUCCAGUACCUCGACCUGUCCCAGAACAAACUCACCGGUGAGCUGCCCGUGGACAUCGGUCGCCGCCUCGGUGCGAACUUGUCCACGCUUGUCCUCAGCAACAACCAGUUCGAUGGCAGCAUCCCGGCGUCGCUCUCCAGCCUCUCGUAUCUCCAGCAUCUCACGCUGGACACCAAUCGCUUCGUCGGCACCGUCCCGCCGGGUCUCGGUUCACUGACGAGGCUUCAGACGCUGUGGUUGGCGGCCAACCGGUUCGUCCCGGCCCAGUUGCCGGCGUCGUUCAAGAACCUCACCAGCAUAGUCAGCCUCUGGGCAUCACAGUGCAACCUCACCGGCGGCUUCCCGAGCUAUGUGCUGGAGAUGGAGGAGCUGGAGGUGCUGGACCUGUCCAAUAACAUGUUGACCGGAAGCAUACCUGCGGGUGUUUGGAGCCUCAAGAACUUGCAGCAAUUGUUUUUGUACGACAACAACUUCUCCGGCGACGUGGUGAUUAAUGACUUCGCCGCGACGAGCUUGACGCACAUCGACCUUUCAGAGAAUUAUAAACUUACAGGACCCAUCCCUGAAGCCUUUGGGCUCCUGAAGAACCUUACACAGCUGUACCUCUUCAGCAACAACUUCUCCGGCGAGAUACCAGCGAGCAUCGGCCCGUUGCCGUCACUGUCAAUAUUUAGGUUUGGCAAUAACCGCUUUACUGGCGCGCUCCCGCCGGAGCUUGGAAAGUACUCAGGAUUGCUCAUUGUUGAGGCUGAUUACAACGAGCUCACCGGUGCUAUCCCCGGAGAGCUGUGCGCUGGAGGCAAGUUCCGGUACCUCACCGCCAUGAACAACAAACUGACCGGGUCCAUCCCGGCAGGCCUCGCCAACUGCAACACUCUGAAAACGCUGGCUCUAGACAAUAACCAGCUCUCCGGAGACGUGCCAGAGGCUUUGUGGACGGCGACGCUGCUUAAUUACGUGACACUACCGGGUAACCAGCUCUCCGGGAGUCUUCCGGCCACCAUGGCCAGCAACCUUACGACGUUAGACAUGGGGAACAACAGAUUCAGCGGCAACAUCCCGGCUACUGCAGUUCAGCUCAGGAAAUUCACGGCCGAGAACAACCAGUUCUCCGGCCAAAUACCGGCCAGUAUUGCUGACGGGAUGCCGCGUCUCCUGACACUGAACCUGUCCGGUAACAGGCUCUCCGGCGAUAUCCCGGUGAGCGUUACUAAGCUAAGCGAUCUGACGCAGCUGGACAUGAGCAGGAACCAGCUCAUCGGAGAGAUACCAGCAGAGCUGGGCGCCAUGCCGGUGCUCAGCGUCCUUGACCUGUCGUCGAACGAGCUCUCCGGUGCCAUACCGCCGGCGCUUGCGAACCUGCGACUCACCUCCCUCAACCUGUCCUCCAACCAGCUUAGCGGCCAGGUGCCGGCCGGCCUAGCCACCGGGGCCUACGACAAGAGCUUCCUGGACAACCCCGGCGUCUGCACCGCCGCUGCGGGAGCCGGGUAUCUCGCCGGUGUGCGCUCCUGCGCCGCGGGGUCGCAAGACGGAGGCUAUUCCGGAGGCGUCUCGCAUGCGCUCCGCACGGGCCUCCUCGUCGCCGGCGCCGCGCUCCUCCUCAUCGCCGCGGCCAUCGCCUUCUUCGUGGCCCGCGACAUCAGGAAACGGCGCCGCGUCGCGGCGCGGGGCCACUGGAAGAUGACGCCUUUCGUCGUGGAUCUUGGUUUCGGGGAGGAGUCCAUACUCCGGGGCCUGACGGAGGCCAACAUCGUCGGCCGCGGCGGUUCCGGCCGCGUGUACCGCGUCACCUUCACCAACCGGCUCAACGGGGCCGCAGGCGCGGUGGCCGUGAAGCAGAUACGGACCGCCGGGAAACUGGACGGGAAGCUGGAGCGCGAGUUCGAGUCGGAGGCCGGCAUCCUCGGCAACGUCCGGCACAAUAACAUCGUCAGGCUGCUGUGCUGCCUCUCCGGCGCCGAGGCCAAGCUCCUCGUGUACGACUACAUGGACAACGGGAGCCUGGACAAGUGGCUCCACGGCGACGCUCUCGCCGCCGGCGGGCACCCAAUGGCGACGAGGGCGCGGUCCGCACGCCGGACACCGCUGGACUGGCCGACCAGGCUCAAGGUGGCCGUCGGCGCUGCGCAGGGGCUGUGUUACAUGCACCACGAAUGCGUGCCGCCCAUCGUUCACCGCGACGUCAAGACGAGCAACAUCCUGCUGGACUCGGAGUUCCGGGCCAAGGUCGCCGACUUCGGCCUUGCCAGGAUGCUGGCGCAGGCCGGGGCGCCAGAGACCAUGUCCGCCGUGGCCGGCUCGUUCGGCUACAUGGCUCCCGAGUGCGCUUACACAAAGAAGGUGAAUGAGAAGGUCGAUGUCUACAGCUACGGCGUCGUGCUCCUGGAGCUCACCACCGGCAAGGAGCCCAACGACGGCGGCGAGCACGGCAGCCUGGUGGCAUGGGCACGGCACCACUACCUGUCUGGAGGGAGCAUCCCCGAUGCCACUGACAAGAGCAUCAAAUACGCCGGGUACUCCGACGAGAUCGAGGUUGUUUUCAAGUUAGGCGUGCUGUGCACUGGAGAGAUGCCGUCGUCGCGGCCAACCAUGGACGAUGUGCUGCAGGUCUUGCUCAAGUGCAGCGAGCAGACGCAGCACAAGGGCAAAACGGAGCGUGUCCCUGAGUACGAGGAGGCUCCACUCCUGCAGCCACAGCGCGGGAGUCGCCGAAAACAGCCCUCGAACGGCACGGGGAUUGACAUCGAAUCGAAGAGCGACUUCGACAGCAUUGUCUGAAGGAAGGAACUGACCACUGCACGUAGUAAGGGGUGUUUGAUUGAACUGAAGCUAAUAAUUAGUUGUUAAAUUUAGUUAAAGAACAGCUAUUAGUUAUUUUUAUCAAAUUAGCUAAUAGUUAGCUAGCUACUGUAUUUGUUAGCUAGCUAAUUAGCAAAUUUUUAGCAACUUAUUAUUAGCUACAGUACAUUUAAAUACCCUGCUGAUGAACAGUGGUAGUGAUCAGGGGCGGACCUACAGGGUGUUCUAGGUGGGCCCUGGCACACCCUAAGCCAGCCCACCAAGGUCCAGCCCCUAUAGAUUUUGCGUGUGUAUUUAGGGGUUGGAGUAGUAGUAUAUAUUGAUCAUAAUGGAAAUUUAUGGUUUAAAUU